AUGCCCAAGCGGAAGAACUUGCAUGUGGACCAAUGUUGUACACGAAUUGUGACUGGUUUUCUGGACCGGCAGGCAAUUAUUGUUCACAGUCAAGGUGCGAGUAAUGCGGCGUUUGAUCCAUCUGAUGUGGAGGCCCGGGGUGGCUACGGACCCAGAGGCUCGACUGGCGACAAGGACGACCGACGGAGAAGUUCCAGCGAUGAUGAUUAUAAAUGGAUUGGUCGGAUCGAGCGGAAGUUUAAGGAAGUGGCCGGCGACAGAGAUACCAUAACCUACGAUCAGUUUGUGACAGCAUUGGGACUGGAGAGGACUCCGUAUUCUCGUCGCUACUUCGUGAUCUUCGACAAGGACAACUCUGGGGAAGUAGAUUUGGAUGAACUCAUUGAUAACCUGAAGACUCUGAUCAGAGGCACUGCCACAGACAGACUCAGCUUCCUCUUCAAGAUUUACGAUGCAGACGACAGCGGAAGUAUUGACGUCGACGAGCUAAGAGCGGUCUUGAAAGCCUGUAUUGAAGAAAGCCAACUACGGCUCACCGAGGAUGACCUUGACGCGCUGACCUUGGCCUUAUUUGAAUAUGCAGACACUGACCAAUCAGGACUCAUCACGUUUGAGGAGCUUGAGAAAGCCCUCGAUACCCACAAAGACGUGAAGGAGAAUUUGACAAUAAGUGCGGUUAACUGGCUGAUCCCAAAACAAGACAAACCAAAGCGCAAAUUUGAAUGCAGCUGCCCACGCCACCUUUCAGCGAACUAUUUGCGGAACAACAUUAGGAAGGUGGUGUUCGUGACGUUGUUUACGUUAGUGGUUGCUGGGCUUGGCAUAUAUGGCGGCUACCUUCACAGGAAUGACUACUGGUGCGUAACAAUCGCACGAAUCUGUGGGAAGCCGAUUAACUUCCUCUGCACGGCAUUGGCUGUCCUCAUGCUCCGGCGCUGUCUCACCCUCGUCCGGAACACGCGGAUCGCGCCAUAUCUACCUUUGGACCAACACAUCAUGUUUCACAAGAUGGCCGCCAUAAUGGCUUUCAUUCUAUCAGUAGUGCACACUGUGGCGCAUAUAGGGAACUUUGCAAAUGCAGUGAGGACCAAGGCUGUGAACUUCACGCUGGUGGAGUGCCUGUUCACGACGAGGCCAGGGAUUGGCUGGGUCGCUGGCAUGGCCUCAAUCUCAGGAUGGGUGCUAUUGGUCAUCUUUAUCAUUCUUGUUAUCUGCUCACUUCCCGUUAUAAGACGGAGCGGCCACUUUGAGGUUUUCUAUUGGACACACAUGUUGUACGUCCCCUUCUGGGUGAUGUGCAUCCUCCAUGCACCAGACUUCUGGAAAUGGUUCUGCGUACCAGGUUUCCUCUUACUCUGCGAGAAGCUGUCCUCCCUCAAGAUGUUCCAGAGAACUCUAAACAAUUACAUGUACAUCCGCAAGGUGGCGCUGUAUCCUUCAAAUGUUACCCAGCUGAUGAUAAAACGUCCCCGAGGCUUCAACUACCAGCCCGGUGACUACAUCUACAUCCUGUUACCUGAGCUUGCCGAGCAUGAGUGGCACCCUUUCACUAUCAGUAGUGCCCCAGAGAAUAAAGAUUAUGUCUGGGUUCACAUCCGAUCUGCAGGAAACUGGACGAGCAAGCUGUACAAACACUUCGCGACCCUUCAAGAACCAGGCCUGACCGCCAAGCGACAGACCUCCUUCUCAGUGCUGCGGGCCCGAUCUCUGGCUAGGAGGCAGCGUUCAGAGACUGGAGCGCGGCCAGCUUCUGAUGAUAGGAAGGGGCCGAACCUGGAACCAAAUGGAGGACCAGUCCAGUAUGGCUCGUUCUCUGAGUCUCCGAAGUUGAAUGGGGCACAAGAUGACGAACUUGAACCUGAUGGUACACGGUACAAAGAUCCAUUGAAGCUGGAGAUGCCGAGUUCGACAGUUUCCUUUAAAAGUCGGAGGAAGAUCUCUGCCAUCAAGAAGACGGUCUUGGAGACACGACACAAGGCCCAGGUAACCUCCUUGCGUUCACCGGUCAUGGACGUCAUACUCGGAGUCUACGUUGACGGCCCAUACGGCACCUCCACUCGUGAGAUAUUCGACACAGAGCAUGCAGUGUUGAUAGCUGCAGGAAUCGGGGUCACCCCCUUUGCUUCUAUCCUACAGAGUGUCAUGUUUCGCUACAUACAGUCCAAGUCAGAAUGCCCGAGCUGUGGCCACACGUGGCAUGAAGAUGGCCUUGGCAUCAACACACUGAAAAAGGUGGACUUUAUCUGGAUCAACCGUGACCAACAGGCGUUUGAGUGGUUCACCAGCCUGCUCACACAACUGGAGAAGGAACUUAUGGUGCUGGAAGAUGACGAAAGCAACAGAUUCCUGGAGAUGCAGAUGUACAUGACAAGGGCAGUGAAGCGCAAUGAUAUGACGGGUGUUGGUCUUCACAUGGCCCUCGAGCUCCUGCACGAGAAGGAGUCACGUGACGUACUGACUGGUUUGAAAACGAGGACGCAGCCUGGGAGACCAAAGUGGAACAAGGUAUUUAAAGAACUGUCGAAGGCGAACAGGGGUCGAGUGAAAGUGUUUUUCUGUGGUUCACCAGCCAUUGCAAAGGAACUGAAGAAACAGUGUCAAUACUACAACUUUGAGUUUAGCCAGGAACAUUUUUAGCGAUGUCAUGUCACUCCCCAGGAACACCCGAGGAGUUCAUUCAUGCUCGCUGUAAAAUAGGUUUCUUCUGUGGGAACUGAAAAAACUAAGUCAAUACUAACUACGAGUUCAACCAGGAACACUUUUAGAGAUGUAAUGUCACUGACCAGUAACACCUAUCGAGUCUGUACACGACAACUGCAAACUGUUCUUCUUUGGUCCUCAUGAUCAGCCACUGCAGGGUCAGUAGUAACUGUGUGAUUAGCCAGGAACACCUUCAGAGAAUGGUAAUGUCAUUGCAUGCUAACUUAGAAGCUGUUCUGUUGUGGCCUCACCAACCAAUGCAAAUGCAGCGCUGAGAGAAUGUACUACAACCUCGAAUGAAGUGAACACUUCUCGGGCUCCUGCAAGCUAACUGUGAAGGUGUUCCUCAGUUGAUCACCAAUUGAAAAUGAGUUGAAAAUUCAGUGUUAGCCGCGACUGAGUUUAUCCAAGAACACGUGAAGAGUUUGCACCGUGGCUGGUUAGUGAUCCACUGAUUACCCAGCAUCACAUUUAGAGCAUUUCGUCGAAUUAUAGCCGUAGCUUGUCUCUCAUGUUGGUGGUAAAAUCAGCACAGAGUUUACCAUUGAGGUACCGGAAAGACCAGUGUCUUAGCAGUUUAAGAUAUGUUCAGUUUGCAGCACUUCAGUAGACAACAAUGUAUUCGUACCAUGUUAAUUUUGUAAGAGGUGUUUUAAGUCGCCCGUAGGCAAAGGCCCAAUUUCUAGGCCAUAACGCCUAAAUGAUGAUGAUGAUGAUGAUGAUGAUGAUAAUCCCGGUCAUAACUAUGGCCCGGAUUCCAUAGUGAUCCGUUGAUCAAUCUCCAAUACCUAGUCUCAAAUGUGGAACACCAUUCUGGGCACGAGGUGACGCUCAAACAAAGGCGAAUUAGCAACAAGCAAACACCACAA